AUGCACUUGAAAACAUACCAUAUCGCUGUCAUUGUUCUCUUCAUCGGCAUGUCUAGUGCUACUUUGGCAUACGAUCCUAAAGGUGGAAGAAAGACCCUUGUGAACCAAGUGUCCAAUUCGAGCCCAACUGGGGCUUCUGGUUCAGCCCAUGGUCCGAACUGGGACUAUAGUUGGGGCUAUGGGUCAAGCCCUGGGAGCGGUUGGGGUUACGGGUCAGGGUCAGGCCGGUCUGCUAAUGGGUUUGGUAAGGGUUAUGGGUUUGGUUAUGGUUCUGGUAGUGGGAGUGGGAGUGGUUCAGGCUCUGGUUAUGGCUAUGGGUCUGGUAGUGGUGGAGCUCAUGCCGGAGGGUCUGGUUAUGGCUAUGGGUCUAGUGGUGGUGGAGCUCAUGGAGGAGGGCAUGGUGGUGGUGGUGGAAGUGUCCCCGCUGGCCACGGAUAA